UUUCUUUGUGCAGCUCUUACCUUCCUUAUUCUUCAAAAACCCUGAGGAUCCUAAGGUUUCAGCCUGAAUUCUGGGAUGCUGCGUUGAUCAACAACAGUAACAUCUAAAUUCUGUGUCACUUUUCUGUUUACAAGUUUAAAGUCAUCAGUUCACACAAGAGCAAUGGAUGAUUGAAAAAGAAAUACAAAGGAGAUGUUCUCCAGAAGAACCCUGGCAAUUUUUAUAAGCAGAUGAGGAUGCACCAUGAAAGACUUGUAAGGGAAAUUUCAGCCUUCGCCAUUAAAAUACAGACUGACAGAAAAGUCAGAAAAUCUAAAAACAAAAGUUUCCUCUGGGCAUGAUACUGAUUCUUCAAGACUACACUUCUGUGUAUGGACUCAGUUUGGAAACAAUUGUAAUAUAGUUUAUACUUAAAUAUGAGAAAAACUGUGUAAGAAAGGACCAUUAUGAAUAUAAGAAUAUUUUGUUCCUUUUUGUAAUCAUCUCAUCUCAGGGUUAUUGAUAUAAGAAAAGUCUUCCAUCAUAAAUUCAGCUUCAUUAGAUAUCUGAGAAUUAAUACUGGAGUUUUUCAUGAAAAAGUCUUCUUAAUAGAUACUGGGGAAGUCCAGUAGGAGAAAAACCCUGAGCAUGAUAGAAAUGUUGGAAAGCCUUCAGCCCGAAUCAGAUGUUCUUCAGCAUGAACAAAUUCAUACUGGAGAGAAAACUUACAAAUGUAAUAAAUGUGGGAAAACCUUUACCCUGAAGCAAAACUUCAUUGAGCAUGAGAAAAUACAUACUGGAGAGAAAUCACAUGAAUGUUCUGAAUGUGGUAAAGUAUUCUCUCGAAUCUCAUCCCUUACUCUACAUUUGAGAAGUCAUACAGGGAAGAAACCAUAUAAAUGUAAUAAAUGUGGAAAAGUCUUCAGCCAGAAGGAAAACUUCCUUUCUCACCAGAAACAACAUUCAGGAGAGAAAUUUUAUGAAUGUGGGAAAGCGUCUAGUCAGAUGUCAAGCCUCAUUAGACACCAGAAAAAUCAUAAUGGAAAGAAACGCUAUGCUUGUAAGCACUGUGGGAAAGCCUUCAGUGGCAAAUCAUAUCUCGCUGAGCAUGAAAAAAUUCAUACAGGAGAGAAGCCUUUUGAAUGUUACCAAUGUGGAAAAGCCUUCAGCCAGAAGCAAUACCUCAUUAAACAUCAGAACAUUCAUAGUGGAAAGAAACCCUUUCAAUGUAAUGAAUGUGGAAAAGCCUUUAGCCAGAAGGAAAAUCUCAUUAUCCACCAACGAAUCCAUACUGGAGAGAAGCCUUAUGAAUGUAAAGGAUGUGGGAAAGCCUUCAUUCAGAAGUCAAGCCUCAUUAGGCAUCAGAGAAGUCACACUGGGGAGAAACCCUAUACAUGUAAGGAAUGUGGGAAAGCCUUCAGUGGGAAAUCAAAUCUCACUGAGCAUGAGAAAAUUCAUAUUGGAGAGAAACCCUAUAAAUGUAAUGAAUGUGGAACAAUCUUCAGGCAGAAGCAAUACCUCAUUAAACAUCACAAUAUUCAUACAGGAGAAAAACCCUAUGAAUGUAAUAAGUGUGGGAAAGCCUUUUCUCGAAUCACUUCACUUAUUGUCCAUGUGAGAAUUCAUACAGGUGAUAAACCUUAUGAAUGUAAAAUAUGUGGGAAAGCUUUCUGCCAAAGCUCAUCUCUUACUGUGCAUAUGAGAAGUCACACAGGUGAGAAACCCUAUGGUUGUAAUGAAUGUGGGAAAGCCUUCUCUCAGUUCUCAACCCUUGCUCUACAUAUGAGAAUCCAUACAGGUGAAAAACCAUAUCAGUGUAGUGAAUGUGGGAAAGCUUUUAGCCAGAAGUCACACCACAUUAGACACCAGAGAAUUCAUACUCAUUAAAACUCUGAACGCCUUGAAUUUAGCAAAACUUCAGAAUUCAUACUUAGCACAUAAUUCAUUUUACAGCCAAGUGACAUGAAUGGAGGAAAUCUUUCAGCAGAAACUCAAAAUACUGAGGUUUUUAAUAAGAAGAAAUACCAUAGUAUAAUGAAAACUUGUGCUCCCAGAACUCCCACAACAAACAUCGUUAAUGCUUUUCUUUAGGAGCAUUCCACUUAAAGUCAGGAUCCAGUCGUGGGCACUGCUACCCUGCUAUGAAUCAACAUGGUCCUGGAAGGCCUACCCAAUGCAAUAAGACAAAGAUAUAAGUGUAAGGAUUUGAAAUUAAGAGACAUAAUUGUUUUUUAAACUAUAUGAUUUGCUAUGUGUGUUAUAGUAAAGCUAUAGUCAAAGUCAUUUGCUCUCGAGGUAGUUGUAGAUAGUAGAAAUUGGAACAGAAUAAUGACUCCAGAAAUAUAGAUGUGCAUUUAUGGGAAAUUGAUAUUUGGCAUCACAAAUUAUUAGGGAAAUCAUGGAUGACUCAAAAAAUGAUUAACUUCUCACAUGGAAAAAUAAUUGCCAUCACCAUAUAUUAAACCAUUUCUUAACGAAUUCCAAAGGUAUCGAAGAUUAGAAUGCAAAAACCAGAACUGUAAAGUAAUAUUAGUUUUUCACAGGAGAAUGUUUUUAAAACCUUGAGGUAGGAAAGAAUUUCUAAAAUAGAUUCCUAAAUAUCCAGCUUCCAGUCUUGAGUAUAGAUACACAAACCCACGAAACUGACCCAUUUACCCAGAGAGCCUUAUUCAUUGCAGCAUGAAUUAUAGUAGCCAAAAAUUGGAUACAAAUGUCUGUCACUUGUGCAAUGGAUGAAUAACAAAGUCAUAGUCACACAGAAUAUUCUCUAGCAGUUAAGUACACCUAGUUAAAUCUGUUAAUAGAGGAUCUGAAAAAUCAUGUUGAGUGGAAAAAAUGAAGACAAAAUGAUGAAUAUAUUAUAUGAAUUUGAGUAAGGUUAACACUAACCAAAUACUAAGCAUUGGUAUGGAUAAGCAGUUUUAUGUAAAAGUAUAAGAAUGGAUUAGAAGGAUAUACACACACCAAAAGUAGUUGCUGCUAGGAAGAAGAGAGGUAGAAGAGAAAUAGGACCAAGUGUAAUAGGUAAAGAAUACUAUAUCUAAAUAUUUGAUUCCAAAUAGACAAAAUGUUGAUUAAUUCUGUGUUGAGGUAAUAUAGGUAUUUACCCAUUACUUGUGCAAUUUUCUUAAAUUUCUGAAAAUUAAAAAGGUGAGGAUAGUGGGGAAGCUGUACAUGUAGUACAUGUUAUAGUGGACUCACAUUCCCAAACAAUAAUAUUUUUACAGAAAAUAUUUCUAAAAUCAUGUCUUUAUUAAAUAUGAAUCUUUUUAAAUUGAGGUGUUAGCUUAAUAUUUAAAUUUACUUUUAUAUGUCACUUCACCAAUAUAUUGGGCCUGCUCUUUUCUUAGAAGUUAUAGCAUGAUUUUGCAACAGGUUGGUUGGUUCACAUACUUAUAAGGAUAUCAUUAAGUAAUAAUACCUGUACAGACUUGGUGGAGAAAAUUAGUUUUUUCCUGAAACAUCAGAAAAUUUAAGUGUCCACAAAACCAGUAUUGGCAUUAGAGGCUAGAGAGUUUUAAAAUGUGGAAAGCAUGUUACUUUAAAAUUUUUUAUUUGCCACUGAGUAAAACAACUCUUGGAAUUCAGGUUCAAUUUUAACCUAGAGAAUAUUUUUUUUUUCUCUGCUGUCAGACAUACCACCACUCUCCACCGCUGUACUUGCCUGCUCUCUCCCUUCCUUCUCUUAUUUAUAUUGGGGAAAAUGGUACUGAAACGGGAGGUCUCAGACUCUAGAUAGUGUUAUCUUUGAAGCAAAUAUUUGCAAGGAUUUUUUGUUACUUGAUCCCUUUCCACAAUAUAACUUGACAUAUAGAAAGCUUAGUGUUUUUAUAAAAGACAGUGAAAAUGAGAAUACAGCAUAAACCUGAUAUAUAUAUUAAAUAUAUCAAAAUUUCUCUUAAA